UUUGACAUCCAUUACCAGAGUCCAACAUUCCACUUUGUUCAAUUUGUACCCAUUAUGCCCAAGCCGGAUCCAAAAAUCAUCAGGGACAUGACGAGAAAGAUGGUUCUUGAUGCUGGAAAGAAUGGGACGCUGAGUGAAUUAACACCAAGGACCAUCCGUGAAAGACUCGAGAACGAUCUUGGAUUGGAAGAUCACGCGUUAAAGCCAUUGAAGGACGUGAUAAAAGAUGCUAUCACCAAGGCAUUGGAUAACGAGGAUGUCGAUGAAAAUGAAGAAGAGAAAGAGGAACAGAAGAAUCUGGAGGCCGAAGUGGAAGUGAAGAAGCCUACUGCGAAGGAAAAGAAGAAGAAAGCUGAAGGAAAACCUGCGGCAAAGAAAUCCUCAAACAAACCACUAAGAAGUGAAUUGUCGUCGCCCGAAGCCCCCACCAAAGGGAAGAAACGUAAAUCAGAAGCAGCGGAGGGAGCUGGUUCUUCGAAAACCAAAAAGCCACGCGUGUCCAGCGACGCGAAAUCCAAGGAUAAAAAAGCUUUCGCGUCUGCGGCCGUCGUACCUCCAUCGUCGGAUUUUGAGGACAAUAUACCAGCCAAACCGACCAAAGACAAUUUGUUCUCCGCAGAUGAAACCACCCCGAAGAAACCGCUAUUACCGGACGAUCUGAAAGUCGUUGCAAGCUCCAAUAAACCUCUCGCGAUAGAACCAGAAGAACAACCGGACAAAAGCGAAUCUGAACUCUCAGUACUGAUAGAUGAGCCUCCGAAGCGCAAGAAGAAGGGGAAAGCAAAAGAACCUUCCGAAGCCAAUGAAACUAAAGAGAGAAAGAAAAGAGGAGCUGCAAGUGCUACUUUGAGUAAAGACGAAGAAACAAUCAAAAGGCUGAAGAGCCUAAUCAAUGCCUGUGGUGUCAGAAAAGUGUGGUCUAAGGUGUUCAAAGAUAUUAGUGACAGCCCCUCCAGACAAAUUGCACUCCUACGGAAAAUGCUGGCGGAUUUGGGCAUGACUGGCCGCCUAAGCAUGGACCAAGCGAAAUCUAUCAAAGAGAAGAGGGAGCUUGCUUCGGAGCUAGCUGAUGUUCAAUCCUUCGAGCAAACCAUUAAGAAUCAAUCCUCUCGACGUUCUCGGUCUGCCGCUACUAAGGAAGAAUCUGCGGAAGCUGAAUCAGAGAAAGCUUCAGACGAAGAGGAGAAUGUUCGUCCUGUCAAGCGCAAGUCGAAUGCUCGCCAGAGUAUUAUGGCCUUUCUGGAGAAUCAGAGCGAUUCAGAAUGAUCGAUGCAGGUUCGAACAAUAGUCAUUAUUUGUUGUCACUUUAUGUUCUGCCCAUCGGACAUUGAGUUACUAUCCUAUCUGAUUCGUCUUGGUCGCUUUACUUGGACUCU